UCUGAGAGUUGCAUCCUAGCGAUGUAGCUUCGUAAAUUUGAAACCACUGGGCCACGAUCUCUCUUUAUUAUAUCGAAUACAAAAAAUUAAAUUCUCAUGCGAUAGAAAUCAAAAAUAAGUCUUCAUUAAUGUUUAUCCAUCAGAUUUUUCGAUCGAAUAUAAGUUUUGUUCUCUCCUCCUCUUCAUUCUUCUACUGUUUCUGACUUUGCUCAAUUUCAUUUUGAACAGCUUGCAAUAACUGUCGGGCCUAUGGUGGGUACACCUGUGGAUCAUUUCCCCAGAGUAUUGUCCGGGUACCGGCUUCCUAUAUUGCCUAACCCUCCACUUGGGUCUACUGUUUCUUCUUCUUCUUCUUCGUCUUUCCUUCAAUCCUUCGAUCUCCUUCUUCAUUCUGCAUGCCUCAUCUUCCUUCAUUUGUUUUUUCAUACAUAUGAGGCUUAUAAACCUCAUGAUCUAUAGAUCUGUGGCUUAAACCUCUAUAUCUGCAAAUCUGCAAUUUAAACUUCACCGGAUCUUUUUGCUGCACGUACGGAUUAUCGCCUCCAACUCCCGGCCGUCGGAAUUCUCCGGUACCGACCGAAACCAACCCUUUAUCUUGGUAAACCGAAGUUUCAGUUACCGGAAAGCUUGGUCCGGCUACGGUAAGAGAUUUAGGCAAGCCGAGAAGUUUCGGCUCGGUUUCGGUUGAGGCAAAAACGCUCGGUUUCCGAGCUGAAACCAGCCACUUUCAAAAUAGUUGGGAGAUCGAUCAGAAAGUUCAAAGCUAGCAAUGGAUCCUGGUCUAUAUGAGGCGGUAACAUCCGGUGACGUUGAUUUCUUGAAAAGAAAUAUCGGAGAUGGUGAUCUUCUCAGUCAGAGAACACCUAAAUACAACAAUAUUCUUCACCUUGCUGCUGAAUUCAAACACAUAAACGUCUUCACGGAAGUACCACAAGGUGAUCUAUAUUCUCCGCUGUUUUGGGCUGCCAACAAGUAUGGCGAUACCCCUUUACACGAUGCUGCAAGAGUAGGUUGCAAUGAGGUAAUAACAUUCCUCAUUGAACACUCGAAGAAAACACUACCCGGUGGAGCAGCUGAUGUGGAAAGUGGACCAGCUGAUGCUGAAGCUUACAAAGAGCUGCUUCGUGUUACUAAUUUGCGGAAGGAUACAGCAUUUCAUGUAGCUGUCCAGUAUGGUCACAAUGAAGUGGUGAAUUUGUUAAUGGCGGCUGAUCCCGAAUUGUGCUGUUUUACUAACAGCGCCAAUGAGUCACCGCUCUUCAUAGCUGUUCGCAAGGGAUUUCACCUCGUAGCGCGUUCCAUUUUAGUCGAGUGUCCUGUUUCUCCUUCUUUCGCGGGAACGGAUGGUGUGACAGCUUUGCAUGCCGCAGUAACUCACAUAAACAUAAACAUGACACGCCUUGUUAAGAUUAUGGUGUUAAAAGUGCCAGAUACAGUCGAAAAAACUGAUGCAAUUGGGUGGACUCCCUUGCACUACGCAGCAUUGAGGGGGUACCUUAAAGUCACUCGAAUACUGCUACGUCACGAUAGUUCUACAGCUUACGUUUUGGACAAAACUGGAAUGUCGGCUCUCCAUGUCGCGGCUUGUGCAGGUCGCACUAAGGUGUUGAAAGAGUUGAUUCGAUAUCGGCCUGAUGCUUGUGAUUUGCUUAAUGAUAAGGGCCAAAACAUUCUUCAUUCUGCAGUUUUAGGGGAACAAAGAUUUGUUAUCAACUAUAUAAUGAAGACGCCUAAGCUUGCACGACUUAUAAAUGAAGGAGAUAGAGAUGGAAACACUCCCUUGCAUCUAGCUGCCAUUUACAAAAAAGAGAGUGCUCUUACAAGAAAGUUGGCAACCGAUCCUAGAGUUGAUAAGACUGCCAUAAAUAGUGACUUCUUACAUGCUCUCGAUAUUUACAGCGCCCACGAGUUUAAACAGAACGUUCGUUAUGUUAGUCCCUUGUUCCGCCUGGGGAGGUCUGUUGGCGUGCCAUUUUUCCACGAACAAAUUCUUCAUAAGAUAAUGGCAUUGGAAUCUACGGUGAAGAUUACAUCCAGCUCACCAACCAACAACACUGCAUACAAGAGAACAGAAAAUUUCCAAACUGAUGGAGAUUCGAAAAUUUAUAAUACCAACCUAUUGGUAGCAGUGCCAAUUGCAACAGUGACAUUUGCUGCGGCUUUCACCAUGCCUGGAGGACUUAAAAGCGAUGGCACACCGGUUUUACAAGGCAAGCCAUUCCUCAUCGUGUUUCUGUUAUCUGACGCCUGCUCUUUCUUUGCGUCCAUUUUUGUGGUGUUUUUGUAGUCUUAAACUGAAGGAUUACUCAACUAAAGACAAUCACAUAUAUAUAAACACAUUAGCUUAAGGCAUGCCAGAACAAGUUUGAAAGACAGAAGACAUACUUGAAGCUGAGAAUGAAUUGAGUGCCAUGAUGAACUGGUCCGGUCUUCUGCAACUGCUCUAGAUUCAAGUCUUCUCUUUAUGGGGCUGAGAUCUUAAUACUUGUGUGUAGAGAGUGCAGGGACCUGAACCUAUAUAUAGAGGAUGAUAUCAGGAACUUCCCAUAACAGUUUUCCUAAAUCAAUUAGGUCCUCUACAUAUAAAUCCUGUAUCAAUAUACAUUACUUGAUUACAAGCACA